GUUCUGCCAUUACCAACUAAAAGAGUCUAUAUUCUCCAUGCUGGUAGGAUGCCGCCCACCUCCGCUACAGCUUCGGUAUCACCGACAAAGAGGGCGCCGUCACCAGCACCAACCAUCACCGAGCUUGACUUGGAGAUAGCUAUGCUACGAUGUUUGGGAGAAAUUCGACCUUUAGGAAGAUACAAGCAUUUCCUUAUCAUCCAACUGCAGACAGAGAUACACCGAAGGACAGGUUCCUGGUUGCCCAUCGAGCUAUUAUGGCAGCGUUUAGAUAAGUUGUAUAAUCUAGAAGGACUCGACGAGAUGGCAUCAUCGAGCUCAGUAUCUAUUCCUUCCACACCGCACACAUUGUCCCCCCGAUUCCCUUUAUCCCCGCGGUCUUCAUCGUCCCCAUUGUCCGAUCUUUCACCUCAAAGGGCAAAAUCGCGGAAAACAAGAAACCCAAGUAAUAAAACUCCCAGCAACGCAAAUAAUAAGAAAGGCGAGAGUCUCGAUAUCUCGAAAUCUGCUAGAAUAAUUAACUCUGAGCAUUUUCAUCGAACGUUUGACUUGCCGUACUUUAAAAGUCGAUAUCAUUUGACAGAAGAUGAAGAAGAACAGUCGCAAAAAGACUCGGAAGAGGAGAGUGAUUUGGACGAGCCGAUAGAACUGGAUGGAGAAGAAGAAAGGAUCUGGCAAGAUAUGAUUUAUCCUCGAGCCUUGGCCCCUGAGGGUACAGACGCUUCAUGGCAAGGAGGUUCUUUGACAGUAGAGGAAGACGAAUCAGAAGAUGAGGAUAUGAAAUUCGACGACGAAAGAAAAGGUAAGAAAACGUCGGUCGUGUCCACUGUCUCAAGAAGGGAGAGUGCUGGAUCCGGGGCUGGAGUUGAAAACGAUGGGAGAAAGAGGGGAAGGCAAACGAGGGCCCAGGAAGAGAGUGAGGAAGAUUCUCCGAAUGUGAUGAAGCGGAAAGGUGCAAGAGACGUUAGUGCCGCCGAUUCUAGAAAGUCCAAGAGAAGGAGAUAGAAACACAUGUCGCAUAAGAACAGGCCACUCUCGAUUGUAUAAAGUCAACCAUACGGAAAUAUAGCGCUCCGCAUUACGAGCAUCAUUCGAUUUAUGCAUCGGCAGCAUAAUGAUUCUUGCUGUCGUAAAUAACAGCAAAGGCACCAACAGAACACUGACAUCAGAACUAACACGGUCGCCGUAUACAUGCAUUGGAUCUGGGAUAGUUGAUGACGAUACUAAUGAUGUCGAGGCCCAAGCGAGGUCAAGAUUCGCAUAUGUGACUCGUGUACAGCAUGUUCGUUUCAUUAUUAUUGAACUACAAAAUAGGCACAUCACAUCCCUUUACAACUUGAGUCCAAAUAACUUCUUCUUCUUCUUCUCUCCCUCUUGUUUCUCCUUCUUGUCUUUUGAACCAGCUGUGGAAGUCAAUGACAGACUGCUCAUUCCAUUGGUAAGCAAAGAAUGAGAACUCUGUUUCUGCUGCAAUUGUGGUUGCGCUUGAGGCGUAGGUGCAAGAGAAGGAGGACCAACGGGAGGGCGCCAGUGUCGGAAGUUGAGGAUUUCUUGAUAUGACACUGGUUGACCGGGUUGCCGGUUGAUACGACUUGGGCCUUGAGGAUGGAGCGGUAUAGGUGUAGGAGGAUUGGAACCAACGCCGCCUCGACCGAGAGCGCGUAAUUGGCUACAAUAAGUCUCCGGAGUGAGCACAUGUGUAGAGCCUAUUGAUGCCGUUAGCCUUUCUAUUUAUGUAAAACACUGGAAUCAGAGUGCUUACCGAUAUAGACAUCCUUUCCCAAAGCUUGCCCAACAGUAUAAGCGCACCUCAUUUCAGAAUACGUCAUCCCUCCUGCAAUGAAGAUGAUGAAUCUCUGCUUUCCUUCGGUAUUAUUUAUCCUUGCUGACGGGGCUUUGUGCCAUGUAGGCCGAGCACUCCUGAGAGAGCCGGAAGGAUUAGAAGUAGUCGCAAGUUGAGCAGAACUUCCACGGAGGGAAGGGUUGGCUUCUGGGGGCAUGUCUUUGAUGUAAGGGAAGUUGGCGGGGUCGAGUUUGUUCGAGUUUUGGUCCUGCUCACGGGUUAGCGAUAUCUUCCUGUGAGAACAUUUAAUUUUACCUCGAGCAUCAUUUGGAUGACGGGUUUGUAUCGAGACAAUUCGUAUUCGCCUUCAGCCAUGGUGGGUUUUUGUUUAAUUCUCGACUUUGAUGAUUUCGAGUGGUCCUGUAUUUUGUCAGCCUCUGGCCCAUGUGUUUGUGGAGCUGCACUCGCCUUGAU